AUGCCGGUUUACGUUGAUCGCGAGGCUCCUAAGUUAUGGAGACGAAUUUACUCAGAAGCGACAUUAGAGGCUUCUCUCCUCGCCGAAAAAUGGAAGCUUGUUCUCGCUGGUCUUACAUUUCAGUACAUUCAUGGACUUGCUGCUCAUGGAGUUCACUACUUACACCGCCCUGGUCCAACGCUUCAAGAUGCCGGUUUCUUCAUUCUUCCAGCGCUCGGGGAAGACAAAGCCUUUGUCAGUGAAACCGUAUUCGUCACUAUCUUUGGAUCAUUUGUCUUGUGGACCUUUCAUCCCUUUGUUUCCCAUAGUAAAAAGAUAUGUACAGUUUUGAUAUGGUGCAGAGUUUUUGUUUACUUAGCAGCUUCUCAAAGCCUGAGAAUCAUCACAUUCUUUUCGACACAGCUUCCUGGGCCGAAUUAUCAUUGUCGAGAGGGCUCCAAGCUCGCCAAGAUUCCGCCUCCAAAGGAUGCUCUUGAAGUGCUCUUGAUGAACUUCCCUUAUGGGGUGAUAUAUGGUUGUGGAGAUCUAAUAUUCUCAUCGCAUACGAUAUUCACCUUAGUCUUCGUACGCACAUAUCAAAGAUACGGCACACGAAGGUGGAUCAAACAUCUGGCUUGGCUUCUUGCGGCUAUCCAAAGCCUAUUGAUUAUAGCAUCAAGGAAACAUUACACAGUAGACAUUGUUGUUGCAUGGUAUACCGUGAACCUGGUGAUAUUCUUCGUUGACAACAAACUUCCAGAGAUGACAGAGCGUUCUACUGGACUGUCUCAAACACCGUUACUUCCACUGAGUACAAAGGACGGAAAGAACAGGAACAGAGAAGAUCAUCAGAGACUUCCAAACGAAAACAGCAUCGUUGAUGAGCAUUGA